UCCCGCAGCGCUCUGAAAGUCUAUCAUGCAAAACACUGAGCAAAACAUACUUCUGAUAAUUCACCUCUUGCAGGUUAUACUGUCAUGCUAUGCAGCAUCGAAAGAAUAUACUGUAUAUCCACUGAUUUUGGAGAAGCGCAGCACAGCCGGAAAUUUGGUACUCCAGCUGAGUGAUAAGAUAGCACUCAAUCUCGAAAAGAGCAGUGUAAUCGCUGACAACCUUAUCUUUGUUACGAGUACAAAAGACCUGAACGACGUGGAAACAGUAGAUACGUCUCACAUUCAACAGAAUAUAUACCAUGACACACAUUACCAGUCCUCCCUGAUGGUGCGACAGAAAAACGGCAAUGUGGAAGUCGAAGGUAUCAUCAAUGACAACUUACGAAUUAAGCCUCUCCCAGAACGCGAACGUUCAAUGCAAGGUCAGAUGCUACACAAGAUAUUUGAGGUAGAUCCAAUCAAAGGAAACUUCAUCAAAGGAGAGCCCGAAAUUCUACGCCUGAGGGAAAGACAGAACCGCAAGAACAGCAACGGUAGUCACAAAGGCUCUCACUCUACGCAAUCACCGGCUGCGGGCGUUGACAAGUUUACUGUCGAGCUGCAUAUCAUUUCCGAUAAAGCGCACCACCAAUAUUUCAAGAAAAAUCAGGAAUUGAUUGCAUACUUGGCAAUCAUGGCUAAUGCGGUAAACUUAAGGUACAUGGACAUGGAAAAACCUAAAAUCAGCUUCCUUCUUGUCGGAGUGACAAUGGCUAAGGACCAUGACUUCGGUAGAAACAACCACGGUGAGAUUGAAGCCUUAGAGAUGCUGAGUGGACUACAAGCUUACAAAAACCAAGGAAGGGUAGCAGGGAAACAUGACGUUGUGUACCUUAUGACAGGGCUUGACAUGAUCAAAUUUGACAAUGGAAGCAAAGACAAAGAUAAUAGUGGAUAUGCAAAUAUCGGAGCAGCCUGCUCGAGUACUGGAAUUGGUGAGGGGGAAGAUAAAGCUCAUACCUACGAUGGCGUAAAUACGCUGGCCCAUGAAAUGGCCCACUCGUUGGGGUCUCUUCAUGAUGAAACCCCAGAAUGUCCAUGGUCCGACGGAUAUCUCAUGAGUUACGUGGACGGAGGAUUGAGGAAGUACCGGCUCUCCAGAUGCAGUCAGAGGAAGAUUAGGGAAUACGUGCGGAAGCAGACGGAGGAAUGCAUCAAAGUUCUGAACCAGCAGAACUACAUGAAGAACCAGAAGAAAUUCCCAGGGCAGACUGUUCGCGAGUCGUAUUAUUGUACGCAAAAAGUGAAGGAAAAAGCGAAAGGGAAAACAAUCUUUGUGGGUAAGAGUGGUGGUUGUGAUAUAAGCUGCUGCUUCCGUGGCCCCGGUUAUGUGACUUGUUAUAAAUACCAUAAGCUGGACGGCAUGGCGUGCGAGCAUGGCAAGACUUGCAAGAGAGGCGUCUGUGACUAUCACCAAUGGCUCAACUGAGACAGUACUACUGUUUUCAAUACUGAAGUGACAAUUCAAAAAUUGGAAAGAAAAUAAAGAUCUUAGAGUAAUUUCAGUAUCCAUAUUCUAUUCGGGCUGGUCUCUAACAAGCAUAAGGCAUCUUACUUCA